GAAGAAUGAAAUUUUGUAUCAUCGUUCUGGCAAAUAACGCUUUAGGACCUGAACACCGUUGAUCAUAUUACCUGAUAAGCGAGCACACUGGUGCGAGUAACAAGGGGUUUAAUUUCCACAUUGAGAAAACUUCACAUGACUAGCUAAAGGGCCAACCACAUCACCGUAAAUGCAUGCCGAGCAGCGGGGUGCCGCAACUUUCGGGGUAGGUAUAUGCAAAGCUGUUCAAUAAUCAACCUCCCGUAUCAGCUAUGGCCUAUGCAUCAUUUCGCCACAUUUCCAUCCAGGUAGUGACGUCACAGCCAACAUCCCCAUGCACUGAUUCAGCCGAACUGCAAGUCAAAAGCGACUAUGCGCGUGACUGGUAGGUUGGCAGAUCUUACGAGGCGACGCAGCUGGGAUUUCCCACGCGCGGCGGAGUCUCACGUCGUCCCGCCGACGUCCGCUGGUAUAUAACCGGAGGGGGCGUCUGCCAACAUUCGACAGUCGUGGUCCGAUAGAGGAGGGUUUUGCUCCGUCUCAACAGGACACCUCAGCCCUGCGCGAUGUUGCCCCUGCUGCUGGCGUCGCUGGCGGCCGCCGUGGCCGCCGGGCCGGUCUCCGACCAGCUCAGUGUCACCACCUACAACGAGGGCAAGACGGCCCUCUCCGGAGAGGUCAUCUUCGAGGACAACUUUGACGAGCUCGACAUGGUCACCUGGCAGCACGAGCUCACACUCUGGGGCGGCGGCAACUGGGAGUUUGAGGGCUACAACAACAACCGCACCAACAGCUUCAUCCGCGACGGCGUGCUCUUCAUCAAGCCGACGCUGACUGCCGAGCGGUUCGGCGAGGAGUUCCUCUACUCGGGCACCCUGGACAUGAAUGGCGGCGCGCCCUAUGACCAGUGCACGUGCGCCCUGAGCUACGGCUGCAGCCGCACCGGCAGCGCGGACAACAUCAUCAACCCGAUCAUGUCGGCUGCGGUGCGCACGCCACUGUCCUUCAGCUUCACCUACGGCACGGUCGAGGUCCGCGCCAAGAUGCCGGCUGGAGACUGGAUCUGGCCCGCCAUCUGGAUGAUGCCCGUCCGCGAGGCCUACGGCAACUGGCCUACCUCCGGUGAGAUCGACAUCGUCGAGAGCCGCGGCAACAAGGACCUCAGCUGCGGCGACGGACCCCAGAUCGGCACCCAGCAGGUUGCCUCCACGAUGCACUGGGGCGCCGACUUUCCGUCCAACCAGUGGCCGCUCACCCACUACGAGCUCAACGACGAGGCCGGCUUCGACACCGACUUCCACAUCUACAAGGUCGUCUGGACGCCCGACGGUCUGACUUUCUCCGUCGAUGACAACGAGAUCGGCACGGCCGCCCCGCCCGAGGGAGGCUUCUGGGAGAUGGGAGGUUUCGACCAGGACACCUGGAGGAACAACCCCUGGGCCGGACGCUCCAAGAUGGCACCGUUCGACCAGCCGUUCUACAUCAAGUUCAACGUCGCCGUCGGAGGCACGGGCGGCUUCAUUCCCGAUGGAUGCACCAAUGGCAACGGCGCCAAGCCGUGGUCCAACACGUCGCCCCACGCGCCCAAGGAGUUCUGGGAGGGCCGCGACCAGUGGCUGCCCACCUGGAACGGCGACGACACCGCCAUGCAGAUCGACUAUGUCCGCGUUACCGCUCUGUGAGCGCAGCACAGUAGCACCCCAGUGACAUCAUCAAGGGAACUACCAUCGUUCGUUGUGAUGUAACAGGUUAGGAGCCAUGCGAUAAUAACACACAGAGAAACCCAAUGGAGAACGAUGUUUGGCGCCGACGUUCAGCGAUGCGUUCAAGUACGUAUAGAUCGGUUUUGUUAGCGCUGAAGAUUUGAUAAGGGUUCAAAGAUCCCGUUUGUGGGUGAGUGAUACCACAGGAUAUUCUUGUCUGAUCCGACAGCUCUUGUAUUUUUUUUUUGCGGUCAGUAUCAGUGGCAUCACUUUACGUCGUGCUCUCGCAGCAGGGUAAGGAUGGAGGAAGAAACCCGUGAGAAUACGACUAAGCUGCGUUAGUUACGAGCUUAAAUAAUUAUUUAUUUAUUUUUGUACAAAUGUGCAAGCCAAAUAAAUGGAUCGGUUUUGUUCGUG